CAAACGCCAAUUGAAUCCAAUCAGUGAUUCACUGCUCAUUGUGUGCAGUCACUCAUCAGUCACUGUGUGUGAAGCCAUUCACGCAAACACUACACACGACGAGACAUCAUCUGUUCAUCUGUGGUGACAGUGCUCACGAUCACCAACAAGUUGAUCACAACAACCAAACAAUAACAAUAACAAUACAUCCAUUGUGUGUACGCUAUAGUCAUCGGUGGUGCGACAGUGUAUAUGAAGUGCUACGACAAGUGGUGACAUAGAGAUCAGUGAACAUGGAAGUGGUGGGCCAGUACGAGUACUCCCACAAGGACCUAAUCGGCCAUGGUGCGUUCGCGGUCGUGUUCAAAGGCCGUCACCGACACCAUCAACACAACUCAGUGGCCAUCAAAUCGAUCACCAAAAAGAAUCUGCAGAGAAGUCAGAACCUGUUGGGCAAAGAGAUUAAGAUAUUGUCUGAGUUGACACAACUGCAUCACGAGAACGUCGUGGCACUCCUCGACUGCAAAGACACGCAGACCCACGUGUUUCUCGUGAUGGAGUACUGCAAUGGCGGCGAUCUGGCCGACUAUCUCUCCGCGAAGGGCACCCUCUCUGAGGACACCAUUCGCUUGUUCUUCAAGCAGAUCGCCGGCGCUAUGAAGGCGUUGAACGCCAAGGGUAUUGUCCACCGAGACCUCAAACCUCAGAAUAUACUGCUGUGUCACGAGAGCCCCAACCCGUCGGCCAAUGACAUCCGGCUAAAGAUCGCCGACUUCGGGUUCGCCAGGUUUCUGGAGGACGGGGUGAUGGCGGCCACCCUAUGCGGCUCACCCAUGUAUAUGGCACCUGAAGGUAAGGCAGCUUUCAUUAUACAGUUUGUCUACCUGUGCGCUUUUUUUCUUGUUGUUUCCUCUGCCGUUGCACCCAAUGAUUAUGCCUUCAAACGCGUGAUUCACUCAUUAAUUUGUUUCGCUAAUGGUUUGUCUCUUGAAUUGGCAUUAUUUCUAUGUUUGGACGCAAUGGUGAUCGCAGUGAUAAUGUCACUGAAAUACGACGCGAAGGCCGACCUCUGGUCCAUUGCGACGAUAGUGUUUCAGUGUCUCACGGGAAAGGCUCCCUUCCAGGCGUCCACACCUCAGGCCCUCAAGAGUUUCUACGAGAAGAAUCCAGACCUCAAACCAAAGAUUCCGAGCGGAACGUCACCAGAAUUGACAAACUUCUUGACGCGACUCCUGCGCCGCAAUGCUAAGGAUCGCAUGGAGUUCGACGAGUUCUUUGAGCACCCGUUCCUGCGGUCGGUGCCCAGCAAAGCGGUGCCCGUCCGGCAGCCGUCGCGCCGAUCGGUGUCCAACUCACCCCUCCAGUCGCCCGUCUCGUUCGGGUCGCCCACCACUGCGUUGGCGCCUCAUAUGCCCGGCUCUCCCAAAGUGGGCGACGACUUCCCCUCAACGCCCUCGUCGUCCGACUCAUCCGAACAAAUGGAUGACUUCGUGAUGGUUACGGCCGACGCUAAUAGUAAUACAGUUGUGGCGCGAACUCCCUCUCCCAAGCAUAAGCCCGCGCGAGUAGGCCAUGCAUUUAAGGCCAAAGGAUCUCCUAUCGUAGCGCCCGAGCCGUUACCGGUGCCCACGCAGAGGGAGGCCUACGAGCGAAUUCAGCGAAGCUGUGGAUCUAAUUAUAGCCCCGCCGGCAGCAGCGAUGGUGUCGAUCACAUCGCAUCGAUGGCUACCAGUCCGCCGACUACUCCCAAAUCAUCUCAUAAGCCAGGAUUGCAGCGACAGGACAGCAGCAGUUCAUUGGGCAGCACCGGCAGCACAUCGCGUAGCCGUUUCGCGGCAGACAUUAGUCAACUGUCGCCACCGAACGUGCAGUUUAUGAUUGGAUCGAACACUCCUCCCGGUUCGGGGUCGGGAUUCCUGGCCAACCCCUCCCGUCGCUGCAGUGCACCCGUACUUAAUGUUCUCAAUACGCGGCAAACGCCGCCUCUAUUCAAACAACUAACACCUCCCGGAUAUGCAAACACUGCCACAUCGCCCAUAUUGCCGGCCAUUUGCGACACUCCCGGCGCUCAAAUGUAUGGGCAACCAAUGGUGGGCACCGCACCGGCCGAGUAUCCCUAUUACCCCCAACACUCUCCGCAUUGGAUUCUAAGAACCAGCAAAACGGAGCCCUCGAUGGCCAACGUGAGCCCCAGUAGUGUCAAACUGGGCUUCGCGUCGCCUCCCCGUGCCAUCACUUACAACGAUAUGCACGGCUAUAACCAGAAUCGCGGGUCGCAUCGGUCCAACCCAUACCCGCAGCUCUCGUAUGGCUUCCACCCGUCGUACGCGAAUCAAGUGUCGUCUCCGCCACAGUCGGCCCCUCAGACCCCAAGCGAAGCCAUUAUGUUCUCAGCGCCGGAGCUCCCCGAGGAGACACUGUUGGACAGGGAGCACAACGAGACGUUAGCCAAACUGAACUUUGUAUUAGCACUCGUCGACUCCAUCCUAGAGUUGGCGGAACUCAAGUCCUCUCCCCUCUCAGUACUCACCGAAUCCGUCAAUAAAGAGAAUAAAGAGGUGCAGAGCGAGUGCUAUCGCAAAACAGAGCAAUUAGUGCUGUAUGUGCGGUGUCUUCAGCUCCUGUCGUCCGCAUUGCAAUUGUCCCGAAAGGAGAUUCAGGCGGGAAGGCUGCGAACGUCGACAUCUGUGCGCACAGUACUUCGCACUAUGAAAGACCGUUUUCAUGAGUGCCUAAACACGUGUAAAUCACUCGACUGUACGGCACUCGUCAACAGCCAGAGCACUGAGAGGGCCAUUGAGAGCAUAUCAGCUGAUAAGCUGCUCUAUAAUUAUGCAAUAGAGAUGUGCCAAUCGGCCGCUCUCGAGGAGCUCUUCGGACGCCCGGCAGAGUGCUUUCGUCGCUAUCAAACGGCACAAAUACUUUUGCACUCAUUAUCACAACAGGUCUAUAAUGAAAGCGAUAAGCGAUUACUCAAUAGGUAUAAGGAAGCGGUGGAAAAACGGCUGUUCGUACUCCAGAGUCACGGCAUAGUUAUGGCCUACGAUAGCACCCCUACCUGACAAUCAAAAGUGGUUACUGAUAACCGCUAAUACAACAGUUGUUUGGAUUGUGUGUUGUAUUCAUAUAUUAUGGUAUAUGAGAUGAGAUAUGAAUUUUGAUAUGAUAUGCGAUGUGUAUGUAUGUAAGGAUACUGUACUUCGAUCUCUUAUAUAAUGCGAAUAUACGCUAAUAUUAUGUCGAUUUUACUAAUAUUUAUAUUAAUUU